ACACCACGACAGACCUCAGCCAUCCGAGACCGGUGUUCAGAGUCGCGUGGGAUCCACGUAGUACGACGUUUGCCGCAGUUGAAUCAAAAAACGUUGCCGCAGUCACCGUUGCUCAUCACUCGCUUGUUAUUUAAGUCGCCGUAUCGAAUCUAUUGUUUUGCCGCCGCCGCCGCCGCCGCGCAUUUGUGUACGUUUGUGAAAUGCCGCAAUGAUAUCUGCUCGUAUUACUUUAAUACUAACUCCCUGAUGAUUUUUCUACAUCUAGUAGUUUCUUGAUUCAGCCGAAAAAUUGUUUAUAAAUAAAAGUAUUGAAACAGUUGUAUGAAAAUACUAACAUAUAAAGAUGAUAAUGCUAUGAUUGGGUUUUUAUUUGAAUUAUCUUGAUGAUCAAAAUGAAUAUUACCUAGACUCUAAAUUUAUUUGAAGAAAUUGAAGGUUUGUAGGUACUCAUUUAGAGGAAUCAUUUCAUCAUAUUUGGCAGCCAUUUAGUGUUAAGUUCUGAUGUUAUCGAUUGUCAUUGAAUAAGUAAUGGAUGUCAUUUCGUCAAAACCUCCAUUGUUCUUAGAAAAUUCUACUCUUAGUCGGAAUGAACCUAAAACUUUAUCGCUUAAUACAGUGAAAGAACACAACUCUAAUGGAUUACCCAUUUUCUCAUCUCAUCAAAACUCAUCAUCUGGAUCUCCAUCAUUGUCGCCAACUUCGCCAUCUGAUAAACCUCGAAUCUCUAUUCCUAGUCCUUCCUAUGAUAGAAACCCAGAUUACCUUCCAAAAUCAUGGUACGUCCAAAGUUUCAGAAGAAACAGUGGCUCUAUAUUUGGUGAUUCUCCAACUUUCCAUACAUCUUCACCUCUUACAGCAUCUCCUCAAUCUUUAAAUUUAGCCGACAAUUUUUCUAACACAUCUACUGGUACAAAUGUUUCUAAUCACCUAAAUAAGAACCAGUACAAUAAGGAAAACAUUCAUCAACUUGAUCAAAAUCAAAUAUUAAAUUUGGAAGAAGUUUUAAGUAUGUGUAGUGAUUAUGAGAAACAAGUUCAAAAUGAACGAUUGAAUAAACCCCAACAAAAUAGAAUUAAAACAAAUGGGUCUCUUCCUCGUGAUAAAAAACUUGGUUCUAAUUCUGAUGGUUCUCCUGUCAGCCCAUGCUCACCAUUUCAUCAACAAAAUCCAGAUUUUUUAGAAAAUACUAUGUCACCUUCCAGUUUUAGUGACAAUGGGUUUCUAGAAAAUGGGUUCAUUCCUGGUAGCCCUAGAACCAGAAUCAAGACAAUUCCUUCCCCAAUAGAAUACUUCAGAGAUUGUGAUACUGCUGAUGACUUUUCAAGUUUAACAAUUAAAAGAACUAGAAGAUAUAAUAGAGAAAUUAAUGUAAACUCAGAUACGAAAAAUUCCAUAUUAAAAACUAAUAAUUUUAGUAAAAAAUUAGAUAAUGACAAUGAUAUUUCUUUGGAAAGUUCUAAAAAUCUAAUAACCCUUAUAAAUGAACCACAAAAAAUAAAAAAUAAUACAACAAUCUCAAGUACCUAUUCAAAUAAUCUAUAUAGUGAUUGUUGUUCACUUAAAAAAAAUGAAGAUAGCUGUCAUAUAAAUUCUGAUAAUAAGUGUGAUACACUACCUAAUAGUUUUAAAAUGUCUACCAAUAAACUUGUUAAUGACAAAAACAAUUUGUUGAGUCAACGAAAUAUAUUUCCUUUAUCUGAUUGGUAUACUUCUUUAUAUGCUGAUCCAAAAAUGUCAAACAAAAAAGAUAUUGUGCAGUUAAAAAAUGAGCAAAGUACACUUUUGGUAGAAUUAUCAAAUCUAAAAUCGAAAUUAGUUGAACUACAUCUUCAAAAAGAAGAAAUUAAUAGAGAGUUGAUUAUGGAACGUGCGUUAUUAGAUGGUGAACUGAAAUCUGAAAUAGAAGAAAGCCGAUUAGAAGAAAAAAAAUUGUUUAAGAUACGAGAAACAAUUCAAGAAUGUGAUUUACAAAUGGAACAAUGCACCAAAAACCAAUUAGAUCGACAAUCGCUUAGUAAAGAACAAUUAGGUGAACAUCAAUCUGUAUUAGACAAAUUAAAGAAUCAACUGCAAGUUAUUUCUGAUGAUGAUUUGAGAGGAGAAAUUUAUGAUUCUAUAGAAAAACAAUCAGAGUUGUUAGAAGCAGAACAAAAAUUAUUUGAAGAUAUUGAAUUUAAUCUUUUAGAAGAAGAAGCGGAUUGGUUGACUAAACGUGAAGAGCUUCAUAGGGAGCAUAGUGUUUCAGUAUCUUUAUAUAAUGACCGAAUCGCUAGAUUAGAAUCAUUAAGAGCUCAACUGGAACAAAUUGAUAGAAAUGCAUCUGAUGAGUGCAAUACCAUUCAAGUAGAAAUAAGUUCCUGUCUACUUUUUAUCCAACAGGGUCAUAAAAGACUGGAUGACAUUAAUAGUUCCUUGGAGUUAUUAGAAAAAUCUUAUAAAAAAAGAUCAUCUAAUGAAGAGUUGGAAAUUUCUUCAGAUAAACAAUCGCAAGAAGAUUUAGAUAGAAUAUCUAAAAUAACAUUGGAUACUCCUUUAUUUGAAUUGAAUAAUGCAUUAUUAGGCCAACGUACACGAGCUUCAUUACAAGAAAUUGAAAAAAAUCGCCAAAUUCAUUUAGCGAAACAAGGGAGUAUAGUGAUUGAAGAAGCUCGGAAGAGAGUUAAAGAGUUAAAAAAAAAAGCUCAAAAUGAAGUUAUUGCUCAAUGGGAAGAUGAGCAGAUUAAACAAAGAAAUAUGAAUAAUAAUUCAUUAAAUAGUGUUGCCAGUGAAGAUUGUAGUAAUAUUGAAGAAUCCAGUGAAUUAAUUACAACCAGUGUUUGUAGCAACUAUAGUGAAGUUACUGGUAUGGACAGCAUGUCUACUAGUCAAAUUAAUAUCAGUGACACUUUAAUUGUUGAGCAAGAAGAUAGUAAAAAGACUGAUCUCAAUAAUCAUGCAUUAUCAAAUGCCUCCUUUACUUCUAGUGAAGAUAUUAUUGGAAGUGUAUGUUUUAGAAAUAAAUCUGAUAAUGUUACUAAAAGACCGUUAACGAGAUAUUUACCUAUUCGCAACGGUGAAUUAGAUUUAAAGGCUCACAUUGAAUCAGCCGGUCAUCAAAUUGAUGCAUGUUCACAUAUUGAAAUAAAUAGCUUUUCUUGCCGAGGCUUUCUGAGUAAAUUGUCAGUUAAAUUUCAUCGUUAUAGUUGGAAAAAAAGAUGGUAUGUGUUUGAUCGUAUUAAACAUACUUUAUCAUAUUAUGCAGAUCGCAAUGAAAAAAAACUUCGUUCUGUUACAUAUUUUCAAGCAAUUCAAGAAGUAUAUGUCGAUCAUAUGAACAGUUGCAAAUCUCCUAACCCUCGGCAAACUUUUAUCGUGAAAACCAAAGAACGUAGAUUUUGUUUGCUAGCUCCUACAUCGCAAGCUGUUCGUAUUUGGGUUGACGUUAUUUUUACUGGUGCUGAAGGCUACCAAGAAUUUACUAAAGUUUAAAUUAUCUUCGUAAUACUUUCACUGUUUUUAUUUUAAAUUAACUUAUGAAUAUGAUUACUAAAAUGGAAACAAAUGCCAUUAAAUAGUAAACAUUUUAAAACAGGGUAAUAAAUUUUAUAAACUUUUUUUUAUUUUUUAAAUUAUUCAUGCUAUUACUUGAACCAUUUAGUUUGCAUUUUAAUAUAUAAACUCUAUGUUAACUUUAUUUUCAACAUAUUUGAUUAGUUAUUUAAAUAUUUCAGUAAAAAUUUCUCUCAUAAAAUGUUUUAUU